AUGCCAGGAAAAAAUGAUGAGAUGGAAAGAGAAGAAUUAUUGACUGAUGGCGAGAAUAGCUCAGAUAACGGUAUAGUAAAGAACCCUGCUGCUAACACGGUACCAAUGGAUCAUCCACUGUUGGAAAUAGGAGUUGCUUCCACUUGCAGCCAGAACCCUGUCCGAAAGGACACAACUUUGGAAAGCCACCGUCGGCAGCGGAUUACCAACAUAGCAAAAGCUGGUCUAGUCCCUCAGUUUAAAAGUUUGUGCCAUACAGCUAAAAGCUACCUAAAAGUAGAAGAAAAAACAAAUUCGUUUUAUGAACAAAAUGCAAAUGGGAAGGCACAGGAGCAAAUAAGUAGUUAUUUGUGCCACGGAAAACAAGUGACAGACCUGCAUUACUGUUUCAAAACGGAUCAGGCUGUGAUCGCGCAGGCCAAGAGCGUGGAAGAAGUAAUUUCUUGCUUGGUAGCAUUGGAUCUGGUGAGAGAAAAGCGUGUCGACCUGCCAGCACCAACAGACGCUUUUCAUGGCCCAGUAGCCCUCAUGUCAGGUUUGAGAGCCGCUCUUCGAUCGAAAGAUGUCACCUUCGAAUUUGGAUUGAACCCCAUGCUAUACUCGACAAUCCAGCAUUACUGGAAGGACAGCGUGAGAGAUGCGCUCAUAGAAGGAAUUGCCGCUGCAGCGUCCCACGCGACAAGUGACGGGGCGGCGCAGCAGCUCACAGAGGUCGUGAACAGCCUGCUAAGUGCCCUUCCAGCAGUGUGGGCACAAGAGAAAUCGAACCUGGCUCAUCGCAUAUUGGAGAAGUUUGAUAAUUGA